UGAUUUAAAAAUAUCACAUAAUAUAGGUCAAGUGCAUUAUUUGUGUGGCCCAGUGACACGCAAUAUUGUGAAAUCUAAUGCAAAGCGCUGGAUAACAAGUGAAAAUUGCAAAAACAAAACAGUUGCCAAAACUGUGGGCAUAAAUCUCAAACAGUUUGAGUGCCACUGUGCAAAGUUUAGCCAGCAGCUGGUAGCGCCAAGUCUCAUUCAAAAACCAUUGUAUACAACAUUGUAACUAGAGUUUAAACAAAAUGAAUCAGUGCUUACCAGUUAACGCCAAGGUGUCCAAGGCCAAGAAGGUCCUAGAUGAAGCGCGCGAAACACACAACCGCGAGCUGGAUCUGGUCGACAAGGGAUUGGUGUCAUUCGAGGAGCUACCAGGGCUAUUUAACAUGUCCAACAUUACACGGCUCACAUUGUCUCACAACAAAAUCACGCUCAUCAAUCCCGGCAUUGCCAACUUGCUGAAUCUGGAGAUACUGAACCUCUCCAACAAUCAGCUUACCGAGCUGCCAGUUUCGCUGUCGUCCAUGCCCAAGUUGCGCAUAUUAAAUGUCUCCAUCAAUAAACUGGACAACUUGCCACGCGGCUUUGGCGCUUUCCCAGUGCUGGAGGUGCUCGACUUGUCCUACAACAACUUGAGCGAGCAAGUGCUGCCCGGCAAUUUCUUUGGCAUGGAGACGCUGCGUGCUUUGUACUUGGGCGACAACGACUUUGAGUACAUACCCAAGGAGUUGGGUCAGCUGAAGAAUCUGCAGAUUCUGGGACUGCGUGACAACGAUCUGUUGGAGCUGCCACGCGAAAUUGGCGAACUGAUGCGACUGCGUGAGUUGCAUAUACAGAAUAAUCGACUGCAGGUGCUGCCGCCAGAGGUGGCGCAACUUGAUUUGCUAAGCAACAAGUCGGUUAUGAAAAUGGAGGAGAAUCCCUGGGUCAAUCCCAUAGCCGAGCAGUACUUGCUGGGCAUAAGUCAUGUCAUUGAAUAUCUGAAAACAGAGACAUACAAAAUCAUCUACAAUCGUCAUAUGCAGGGCGGACGUGGCGGACCACCGCCUCCAAAGGCUGACAAGAGCAAGAAGGCGUCUCGAAUUCGCGCAUAGUUUGCUGCACUUGAACCAACUGCCAAUCAAUGUUUUUCAUAACCAAAUAUCAAUUGUUUGUAUACUAAUUCUUAAGCAUAAAUGUACCUAAUAUUUAAUUUUGUAAAC